AUGUCUUUUGUCCGAGUGAACCGUUAUGGUCCCCGUGGAGGAGGAAGGAAAACACUGAAAGUAAAGAAGAAAACAUCUGUGAAGCAAGAAUGGGAUAACACUAUGACUGAUCUGACAGUUCAUCGGGCAACUCCUGAAGAUCUGAUCCGUCGUCAUGAAAUACACAAAUCAAAGAAUAGAGCAUUGGUCCACUGGGAGCUCCAAGAAAAAGCUUUGAAGAGGAAAUGGAAGAAGCGAAAACCAGAAAUUUCUAAUCUGGAGAAAAGGAGAUUGUCUAUCAUGAAGGAGAUUCUUUCUGAUCAAUACCAGCUGCAGGAUGUAUUGGAAAAAUCUGAUCAUUUGAUGGUUACAGCAAAGGAUCUGUUUGUUGAUUUUCCUCACAGGCGCACAGGAUUUCUGAAUGUAACAAUGGCUCCGGAGUCCUCUAAAGGUCCCAUUGUGGUCAGUCAGGACCCUGUCACCCAGACCAUCCGUAGCGAAUCUGUUAUAGAGCCUCAGGCUCUUAAUGAAGUAGAUGAUGAUGAACAAGAAGGAACUGUUAACAGUCAGUCAGAAGAAAGUGAGAAUGAGUUGGAUAACUCUCUAAGCUCUCAGUCAAAUGCAAAUGCAGGAACGUUUCUCCACCAAAUAAAGGAAGAAAAUUCUGAGUUAAUUAAUAAACUAUGGACUGAUAUUCAGCAGAAAGUAGCAACACAGUCACAAAUAACAACCUCUUCAGGAACUCCAUCAUCUGCUUCUCCAUCAGGAGAACAAAAAGCUGCAUUGAAUGCUACCAAUGCUGUUAAGAGAAUCCAUACGAGGCUUCAACCUGAAGAAUCUACUAAGACUUUAGACUCAAGCUGUGUUGUGGGACAGGUGCUGAACUCAAGGAAGCAAAAACAGCUGCUAAAUAAAGUGAAAAGAAAACCAGAUUCAUGUGCUCCUUCCAAACAGAAGAAUAAUGUGUUAUCAGCCAGCACAGCCUCCACAGACUUACCAAGUAGCAGUAACCCCAGCCUGGAUGUCCUCAAACACAUGGUACAUGAAGUGGAACAUGAAAUAGAAGAAUAUGAACGGUGGACAGGCCGCAAGGUCCAGGGACUGCAAAAUAGUCAGGGUCUCACUGGCUUCACCCUGUCCCUCGUGAGCUCACUCUGUCGCCUGGUUCGGUACCUUAAAGAGAGUGAGCUUCAACUGCGUAAAGAAGUAGAGACAAGGCAGCAACUGGAACAAGCGUUAGGUGAUCAUCGAGAGCUCAUUGAUGCGCUGACAGCUGAAGUUCUUUUCCUCAGAGAAGAAAAUACUGCUACCCGGGCGAGACUUCAGCAGUACAUGAUCACAACAGAUGAGCAGCUUAUAUCACUCACACAUGCUAUUAAGAACUGUCCUGUGAUAAGUAACAAAGAAAGUCAGGCCUUAGAAAGGGGAGCCACAAGUCAGAGAAACAUGGAUAAUCCAGAGGACCCAGCUGUAAAUGCUGGUGUCUCCGUGCCACUGAUGUUCAGAGGAGAAGACAUCGUUGAGUUCCCACAGGAAGAUUUGCCUGUCAAACUGUCUCAGGUGCCAAACCCUCCAGAAAGUGGGAACCUGGCCAGCAAUCUUCCAGGACAUAUAUUUGAGCCAGCAGUGUUGUUAACACCACCCAGGCAGAAGAGCAACUCAGAAUUCUCUCCUUUGCAGGACGUAUUGAGAAGGACUGUUCAAACUCGUCCUGCUCCACGAAUUCCUCCAACCGUAGAAAUAAUUGAAAAGGAACAAAAUUGGGAAAAGAAGACCUUACCUGUUGGCGCAGACAUUCAGAACUCAAGUGACGAGAGUCACCUCUUUACUCAGAGGUGGAGGGCCUCUCACAUGGGAGAAGACUUGCAGAGCAAAACCCAGGCUCCUUUUGUUAGCCUCUCACAGCCUGUCUGCAGUUCGCGGUCAAGCAUGCAGCAAUCAAGAAACCCCACACUCUCAGAAGAACCCCUGGUGUUGGGAGAUGGGCAACAGCUUAGAACAAAUGAGACAUUAAUACAGAGAAAGGACAUCAUGGCACGAAUUGCGGAGUUGACCCUGCAGAAUUCAGCUAUCAGGGCACAUCUGAGUAAUAUUAUUGGUCCAAGGGGAGAACAAGGGGACGGACUUCGGGAGUUUAACAGACAGGAGACCAGUCACGCCAGUGACACGAUGGCUAAUUUUCCAGCGGUGCAACCUCUGACACCAAGUAGCAUGGAGGAACGGAUUGCAGAAUUGAAUCGACAGAGUAUGGAGGCUCGUGGAAAACUCUUGCAGUUAAUAGAGCAGCAGAAUCUUAUUGGCUUGAAUCCUUCCUCUCCACCAGUAUCACCUGUGCAGUCACCUCUCAGAGCAUGGUCUGAGGGAGGAAAGAGGACAAUUGAGGUGUCUAUUCCAGGAGCAGAAGCCCCAGAAAGCUCAAAAUGCAGUACUGUCUCUCCUUCUAGUGGGCUAAAUUCGAGAAGAUCUUCAGGGGCUGCUAGUAAUUCUUGUUCUCCCUUAAAUGCCACCUCAGGAAGUGGGCACUUGACGCCUCUUAAUCCAAGAGCAAAGAUUGAGAAACAAAGUGAAGAAGGCUGGUUUGCUCUUUCUACUCACAUGUCAUAA